UCCUUCCUAGUUUCAUAGCAAAUGAAAAGUAUUUGCAUUUUCCUAUAGGGAGAGCAUGUCAGCAGCUCACCCACAUUAGGCGAGAUUUUGAGCUGUACCCUUGGAAUGGGUAUGAUUUUGCAGUCUUCCAUUUACCCACUUCCUUCCCGCCUUUUGAACUUGGUCUGACCAGUUAGCUAAUUAGUGUCAAAGUUAAUAGUAAAAGCAUUAUUACUUGCACUACCAAUAGCAAACAUUUAUUGAAUGUUUGCUGUGUGCUCGGCUCAUGCUAAGUGCUUCUCAUUAAUUCUCAUUUGAUCCUCAGAACAGCCAACUAUUCUUGUCCCUCUUAUAAUCCAAGAGAACUCAGGCCCCAAAUCAUAGAGUUGGCAAGUGUCUGAGCUUGGGGCUAUCCCCAGGCAAGCCACUCCAGACCCCAUGUCACAUUGUUACCUCUAAUGAAAUUCAUAGUCAUGCAUCAUAUCUUUUUCAGAAAGAUUAAUCUUUAUCACUUUGUGUUCCAGCUUUCCUCUUUAUUGCCUCACUGUUAAUCACUUGUGAAUCACUUCUCAUAAUUCUUGUAUGGUCAUGCUGAUAAUAAGGAGGUCAGAGUGUAGUAGACCCAGAUGAAGAAAUGGGAGCAUAGAAAGUUGAAGUGAUUUUUCCAUGACCACACCAGGGUAGGACGUCAUUGCUUCCCCUUGGCUGUUGGUGGCUUCAAACUGUUAUAUUUGUCAUUCUGUUUCUUGAAGGAUAUUGAGGUCUCAUUGAACUAUUCACUUCCCCACACGCUCUGAGUUUUGUAUAGUAGAAACUUAAAGCAGAGUAUUAUUCAUUCAACUGUAUUCUGUUUCUAUUACUGAAAAGUUAUUCCAGGUUCCAUGAUUUUCACCAUGAAAGGUCUUAUAUGAACUGGAGAGAAGCAUUCUGAAAGAACUUAUUAAACAUUGUUUCUAUCAUUACCUAUAACAAAAGACAUAAUUUAAUACCCCACACCCAACAAAAAAAAUUCAUUUGAAGCUUCAGGAACUCCAGUUGGAAGCACAGAGCUCAUUAGAGUGGGUUCUUUAGGCAGAGAAAGGGUCGGGGGAGUGUGGGUCAGGAGCCAUGUUACUGUUUUGUCCUCAGGGACACUUAUGUGCAUAAUGGAACAUACCUCUCUCUCACCCUCCAAUCCCCUCCUUCACCCUCCACCUCAGGACCACACUGUGCUUCUUAUCACAGGCACAGGAUCCAGAUUAUUGGCUUGUGCUCACCUCGCCCAGGCUACUAUAUUGGCAGUGUUGAAGGAACAAUUGAAUUUCAGCAAUAAAGAUCGCUAUAGAAAUACUCAGAAGACAGAAACAAUAGCCAUGCUAGUGGAAGAAAUGCCUUGGUGAAUUUUUCUGACUUCAUCUAAAAUGUCAGAAAUAACUGUUAUUUAUUGAGUGUGUAACAUUGUGUCAAUCCUCACCACAGUUCCAUUCAAUAUUUUUUUUGUACUAUAGCCUGAGCUAGGGGAGAGCAAACACUAUGCAUAGCAGAGAGUUGGUGCCCAGAAAAUAUUUAGUGAGUUGAAGGGUACAGAUAAAGAAAUUGAAGACCCCCAAAGUUAAGUUACUUGUGCAGGGUCACAUCACUAGCAGAAAACUAAAUCAGGAUUUGAACCCAGGGCUACCCAACUCUGCAGAGUUCUUUCUUUGUGACUCCUUGGAUAGGCCACUAUGUGGGUGCAGAGAAAUGGAGAUUGGAGAUGCAAAGGUAUCUGACAAAGCUGCAAUGUGAGGUCUAGGAAAUGUGGGUUCAACCCAGCCAGGCUGAAAUCCCUGUGUGACCUUAGAAAAUGCCCUUCUUCACUCAAAGCUUCAGUUUCCUAAUCUGUAAAAUAGAGAGAUGGAAGCAGUGCUCUCUGAAGGUCUGAGUGUCUUCAAAUGCCCCAGGCAGAUUUAUGCUUUGUCAUCUCCCAUGCUCACUUGGAGCUAGGAUGGGGUGUGGAAAGAGAGGGUAAUUAAUUCACCACCCAAGCACAUUGAGGAAAGUAGCCAAAUGUGUAUUUCAGGGGUGCACAAAAAUUCAAAGACAACAUCAUCUCAAGCUAACAAACACCCUGAAAUGAAAGUGGGAAGCAAGAAAAUAAAGUAGAGGCAUUUGAAGGUUCGAUACAGCUUUUGUGGAGGGGAAGAAAAAGAAAAAGCUCAUUUCACUCUUGGAUUAGUACAGCAUAUAAUCUGAAACAGGCGCUCAAGUUGAUAACUGUGCCCAGAUCUGAUACCCCCUGCACAUAGGAGUACCACUUUAAAAAGAAAAAAAAAAAAUAGACGUGUAUUUUUAAAGCUUCUCUUCUUAUAUGUGAUAUUUUUGUACUCCUUUGGACGUUGUAUAGCCAGCCUUUGCUGCAUCCAGCAUGGGUUUUCUUCCUGUCUCCCGGGCUUGGGGAUUAUUGAUUUGGAAGGUAAGGCUAAUUUACAUGUAAAUAAAUCUCAGUGCUGGGCGGCGAGGACUGGACGUCCAGAUGCCAGAUGCCGGGACUGAGUUGCUUACGUCACGGCUUCAUUAGCAUGCGGAGGAUGCGAGCACUGCAACAGCGACUUCUCUGGCACCACCAGCAGCUCCGCCGCUGAUAGUUAUUAUUUUUUUUUUUUUGGCUCAGCUGCACAUUUCCUGGUUCAGUGGCUUGAGCUCUGAGACCAGCUGACCCGGGUCUGGCUCGGGAUCAGUUGGUGACGCUGAUGCUGGGGUCUGAGACUUCCUGCAGAUUGACGAAAGCGAGGUUCUCAGGAAAGCAAUCGGAUCCAUAGGAAGGGUAGAAGUCACACUUUUUUCCCCUGCCUGGUGGCUCCCAGCAGGAUCUGGAUCCAGCGGUGCUGUUUUCUGUGAGUGAAUGCGGAGCAGCUCGGGCUUGAGCCUGCUGCUGGCUUCAGGAAGGGUCCAGUUUGGAAAAAGGGUUUCUACAAGAAGAUGCUUUGGCUGCCUGCGGUCCUGCUUGCUUUCCUAGAAGCCAGGCUCAGGGAGAAAGUGAACUGGGGCAAUUGACAAGCUCAGAGAGUCUUGGAGAAUCUACAGAGACUGGGCUUUCAUCUUCCUUGAAGGUAGGAAGAUCUGUCUGCACUGCAAGUGCCCUCAGGAGGAGCACAUGGUGACAGUGAUGCCCCUGGAGAUGGAGAAGACCGUCAGCAAACUCAUGUUUGACUUCCAGAGGAACUCGACCUCAGAUGAUGACUCAGGCUGCGCCUUGGAAGAGUAUGCCUGGGUCCCACCUGGGUUGAAGCCUGAACAGGUUCACCAGUACUAUAGCUGUCUCCCAGAGGAGAAAGUCCCUUAUGUCAACAGUCCUGGAGAGAAACUGCGAAUCAAGCAACUAUUACACCAGCUGCCACCACAUGACAAUGAGGUCCGAUAUUGCAACUCCCUGGAUGAGGAAGAGAAACGGGAGCUGAAGCUCUUCAGCAACCAGAGGAAACGCGAAAACUUGGGCCGAGGGAAUGUCAGGCCCUUCCCAGUCACCAUGACAGGAGCUAUUUGUGAACAGUGUGGUGGCCAGAUUAAUGGCGGGGACAUCGCCGUGUUUGCAUCACGCGCUGGCCAUGGUGUUUGCUGGCACCCACCCUGCUUCAUAUGUACUGUCUGCAAUGAGCUCCUGGUGGAUUUGAUCUACUUCUACCAGGAUGGGAAGAUAUACUGUGGCAGGCACCAUGCCGAGUGCCUGAAGCCGCGCUGUGCAGCCUGUGACGAGAUCAUCUUUGCUGACGAAUGCACCGAAGCUGAGGGGCGGCACUGGCACAUGAAACACUUCUGCUGCUUCGAGUGUGAGACAGUGCUGGGUGGCCAGCGCUACAUCAUGAAAGAGGGAAGGCCCUACUGUUGCCACUGCUUCGAGUCCCUGUAUGCAGAAUAUUGCGACACCUGUGCCCAACACAUAGGGAUCGACCAAGGCCAAAUGACCUAUGAUGGCCAGCACUGGCAUGCCACUGAGACCUGCUUCUGCUGUGCUCACUGCAAGAAAUCCCUCCUUGGGCGGCCAUUCCUCCCAAAACAGGGACAGAUAUUCUGCUCCCGUGCCUGCAGUGCUGGGGAGGACCCCAAUGGCUCAGACUCAUCUGAUUCAGCCUUCCAGAAUGCCAGAGCCAAGGAAUCUCGGCGCAGUGCCAAAAUUGGCAAGAACAAGGGCAAGACGGAGGAGCCAGUGCUGAACCAGCACAGCCAGCUACAAGUGAGUUCCAACCGGUUGUCUGCCGAUGUGGACCCCCUGUCACUGCAGAUGGACCUGCUCAGCCUGGCCAGCCAGACACCCAGCCUCAACCGGGACCCCAUCUGGAGGAGCCGAGAUGAGCCCUACCAUUACGGGAACAAGAUGGAGCAGAACCAGCCCCAGAGUCCCCUGCAGCUACUCAGCCAGUGCAACAUCAGAACUUCCUACAGUCCAGGAGGGCAGGGGGCUGGGGCCCAGCCAGACAUGUGGGCCAAGCACUUCGGCAAUCCCAAAAGGAGCUCAUCCCUGGCCCUGAAGGGGCACAGUGGCAGCUUCAUCAAGGAAUGCCGAGAAGACUACUACCCGGGCAGGCUGAGAUCCCAGGAGAGCUACAGCGAUAUGUCUAGUCAGAGCUUUAGUGAGACUCGAGGCAGCAUCCAAGUCCCCAAAUAUGAGGAGGAAGAGGAAGAUGAGGAAGGGGGAAUGUCCACUCAGCAGUGUCGGACACGUCAUCCACUCAGUUCCCUGAAAUACACUGAGGACAUGACACCCACAGAGCAGACCCCUCGGGGCUCCAUGGAAUCGCUGGCCCUGUCUAAUGCAACAGGCCUCUCCGCGGAUGGUGGCGCCAAGCGCCAGGAGCACCUCUCCCGGUUUUCCAUGCCGGACCUCAGCAAAGACUCUGGCAUGAACGUCUCUGAGAAGCUUAGCAACAUGGGCACACUUAACUCGUCCAUGCAGUUCCGGAGUGCGGAGUCCGUUCGCAGCUUGCUUUCGGCCCAGCAGUACCAGGAGAUGGAGGGAAACCUCCAUCAACUCGGCAACCCCAUUGGCUACAGGGACCUGCAGUCCCGCGGCAGGAUGCAUCAGAGCUUUGAUUUUGAUGGAGGAGUGACAGGCAGCAAGCUGCCGGGGCAGGAGAGCGUGAGGAUCCAGCCCAUGAGCGAACGUACACGGAGAAGAAGCACCUCCCGUGAAGAUAGCCGCCGCUUCCGACCGCACAGAUCCAGGAGGUCCCGACGCUCCCGUUCAGAUAACGCCCUGCACCUGGCCAGCGAGCGUGAUGCCAUCUCUCGCUUGAAAGAAAGGCCCCCGCUCCGAGCCAGAGAGGACUAUGACCAAUUCUUGCGCCAGCGGAGCUUCCAGGAGAGCCUGGGCCAGGGGUCCCGGAGGGACCUGUACAGCCAGUGCCCAAGGACUGUGUCAGACCUGGCUUUGCAGAAUGCUUUUGGGGAGCGAUGGGGACCCUACUUCACCGAGUACGAUUGGUGUUCUACCUGCUCCUCCUCCUCAGAGUCCGACAAUGAGGGCUACUUCCUAGGAGAACCAAUUCCCCAGCCAGCCCGCCUGCGAUAUGUCACAAGCGAUGAGCUUCUGCACAAAUACAGCUCUUACGGCCUCCCCAAGUCAUCCACCUUAGGUGGCAGGGGACAGUUGCACAGCAGGAAAAGACAAAAGAGCAAAAACUGUAUUAUUUCUUAAUCUGAUUGGUGUCAGGGAAUAGGGGAAGAUGGGAGCUAAGAAUGUAAAUUCGGAAACUUGCACUGUUUUAAAUUUUAAAGCGCUUUUCGGGGUGGUUACUAGGGGAGAAAAAGGGACAUGCUCUCGCUUGAUGAAGGAAAGAUUACAGAUUGGCUCGUCUGGUAGUCAGAAUUCUUGGCAUGUUGAAUAUUAUUUGCACAUUUCACUUUGGAGAUGCUAUAGACUCUGUGGAGGCCAGGGGUGGUCACCUCCCUCCCAUCAGUGUGUUGAGUUGCCACUCGCAAGAUGGUAAAUUGCUUUCUGCUCGCUUGUAUCCUCUCUGAUUCUCUUACUUUUAGGACCCUUUUCCCAGUAAGUGAUUUGUUUAUUAGCCAAAACCCAAGUCUAAGUUAUUUACAUGUCCAUUGUAAAUGCAAUGUAAAUGAGAGUUCUGAUAAAAUAUUUUUGUAUUUUGUAAUAUCAAAGGAAUUUCUAUAUCGUAGGACUCAGUUGAAGACCUGCAUGCACAUCCAGCAUUGUCUUUGAGUAGUAUUCAGAGGUGGUCCAGGACCACCUUUUGUUUUUUCUUUUUUCUAUACAAAUUUGUUACAUGUCAGUGACACUUUUUUCAAAUGAAUUUAUUCUAUUUGGCUUUUUGUGGCUAAAAAAAUUAUUAUACUCAAAACAUGUUAUGCUCUAUUCCACUUAAGGAACCAUCCUUAAGUCCACUUCCACCCUCAGUAGAAUGUAUUCUCUACCAAGUGAUAGUCAUUUUUUUAAAAUAGCAAAUAUAACUUUGCCAAUUAGAGAAACCAAUCAGUGUCAGUAAAUUCUGUGAGAAACACCAUCCCUGCUGGGAACACUGAAGUUGCUCACUAUUGAUCUCUCCCUUGGGAAAAUAUCAGUGACUGUGAGUGGUGUUGUGUGAUGUCAGCAUGACAUUGUUUGAAUGUGGCAUUAUUUUCUGGUGCUCAUGUUUCCUGGAUUGUAUUAUCUGCUUUCCUUUACCAAGGCAGACAGAACAGCUGCCUUAGCCUGACAACCGGUUGUCCUCAGUGCAAAUGAACUUAAGCAUUAGGAUCUUGGGGACAGGGAGGUUCUGAUGGGGCUCUGGGAGUGAUGGUAUGUUCUAGAUUGUAUGUUAUACAUGGAGAAGGAAUAAGGUGAUUUGAAAUCAGAAAGCAGGUCAAGGGCAGAACUGAAGGAUCAUAUGAAGGUCAGGGCAAAGAAGAACUUCUAGAAAUGAAACAGAGGAGAGGUGACAGCCAUCUUGAAUAGCCCCUAGUGUUUACAGAAGGAAUCCAAUUUAACACACUCCCUGGCCAGAGCAUCUGGGUAACCCAGAAAGGUUGAGCUGCUCAGGAGAUUUCAGUGUAGUGAUCUUGAAAAACAAGUAUUGAAAGGAGGAUUUCCAUUUUGAACUUUGGGGACCUUGGGUCAGACAGAAGAUGGGCUCAAAAGUGAGUUUGCUUAAAGAAGACAUUUAACGGUUGUGUUGUUUAUAGUAAAAUAAUACUUCCUACCUUGCUUCAGUUAAAAAUGAAGCGCUUGCUUUUUCCUCCAUUCUCCUCCUCCCCUUUAUGGAUUGUGGCCAUUGAAAUAAUCCAUCACAGGACCCACUUUUAGUAAGAUGUGUUGUCCAUGUGCUACAUGAUGUAUCUCAGUGGCCAUCUGCCAUGGUGAGGUGAGUGUGAUCUCUUUUCAGUAUAAUAGUUAAUAUUUUCUAGUAUUUUUUAUGGAGAGAAUGUGAAAAGUGGCUUUUCAGACACCAUGCCAAAUGGGUCUGGGGAAAGGAAGGCUGUACAGGAUAUGGAAAUGGCACUCCAUUCAGGAUGUAUUAAAAUAAUUUGCUUUUCAGGUAUUAAUAUGACAUUUGUCAUUGUCACUGAUUUUUUAAAAAUGCAAUGCAAAUGUUGGUUGUGGCUGUUUUCCGCAUGCUAUCUUCAUAUCUAAAUGCUUCAUUAAUUAUCCAAGCCUCUGGAGAAUUAACUCUAUUACGUUUAUAUAGGAAGUUUGUAAACUGCUUGGCAAACUGAUUUUAAGAAAUAAUGUGCAACACCACACGACUAAAGUGGUGGGUUUCUGGUAGAAAUUGGGCAAGUCCAAUUUGGAUUUCUGAGUUUCUUGAUUGAUGAAAACAAAAAGGCAUUUUGGAAAAAGGAAAAAGAGAAAAAAGUGAUGACCUGACCUAGCAAAAAGCUGAAAACAAUGUCUAUCCUCUGUGGCCUGGAAUCCAAUGAAAGAAAUUCUCCUAGUAAAUGUUGCUUCCUAACUCUGCCCUUUUCAGAGUACCUCUUGCAUUUCCCAGAUGGGGCUUUAACCCUAUCGGCAGAAACUAACACAUAAAUAGUGUCCAAAGGGAUUGGAGGAAUGAGCAAUUUGAGAUCUAUGUGCCCCAUGAGCACCCAGCAGCCAAACUGGUUAGAGCUUGAGAUGUAAUCGAUAUAAGCCUCAGGGUCAACUGUCUACAGAGAAGAUCACCUCCAUGUGGUCCAGCACUGCAGGGGCCUUCCCACCCCACACUCAAUCAGGCGCCUUACAGAGAAUGCUGACACAGAGUGACUAAAUUCUCGAAAUGAUGAUGAAACCUCCAGGUGAAUGCCCCAGGGAGAACAGGGUGGCAUUGUACUGGGAAUUCCACCUGUUAGUGAUAACUUACAUAUAACAUCCCAGAAUCCAAUUUUCAAAAAUUCAAAGCAUUUUCUGAGGCAUGAACUUAGGGUCCUUACCUGAUCCCUCUAUCAUAAUCAUCAGCUCUCCUUGGUCAACUUUCACUGUGAGUCAGGGAUGUGCUCACCUCUUCUUAUAUCAUCGUUCUGUCUUCCGUAGACUGGUUUUAUCAAAGUAAUCUUUUCCCAGUUUUCUCUGCUCUAAUGUCAUAUGGUUUUGUUUGUUUGUUUUUCUACCUUUUCUCAUGUUGGUCCUCUUCUUGUCUUGGUUAACACCAUAUUUUCUGAGUUCAGUUCGUGUCCUAUUUGCUGCUCAAUUCAGUGGCAUCAGAACUGGCUCUUUCCCAAGAAGUAGAAGUUAUUGACAGUGCCCUGAAUGGUGCUGCCAAUAUAUACCAUUGUUGAUACUGUGAACAGGUUUCAUAGUAGGCUGCUGGCAUUGAGAGUGGCAUUCAGGUACCCUUCCUUCCUGUUGUGUAGUUCUGGGAUGUCUACCAAAUGAAGGUGGAUGAGCUGAGGGAAACCAGAACUGUGCUUCUUGGUCUUGCACAUGUUCAAAAGGGGAGAAUCUCUAGCAUUGAUUGUUUGACAGCUUCUUUCCAUAUUCAUGUUUUUUCUGGUCCUUCCUUUCCACCCCCAGCCAGCCCAGUGACCAAGCAUUUUUGUAUUAUUAAUAUGGGACCUAGAGGCAGCUCUUCCUCAUCCACUUCUCAUUCUGUAGGAUACUCCUACACUGCAACAACUUCUUCUCCUGCAGCAGCUUUCUGCUUCCUGGGCAUCACUAGCAGUGGUUGAGUUCAGGUGGGGCCAGUGAUGGCAUAUACAUAGCAUGUACUCUGCAACCUGGGCAGAUAUAACCAAUGUGUCACAGUCUAUUUUCAGAGAACAUAGAUACAGCCUCAAAAAUCUUGUGACAUUCUAGCCAGCCAGAACCGGUUAUCAGUACUGAUCUUAUUUGUCUGAUAACAAACCUUUCUUGUGAACUGAUUCUUACUUGUCUUUAAACCUGGGCUCUUUUACCAUUGGCCAAAAAUAGUACACCAGCCACUUAAGAAGCAUCAUUUAUAAAUAAUUGUGACUCCAAUUCCUAUGUCCCCAGAUUAUGAGUGCUAAUGGGAGCUGACUUCUUUAGGCUAAAGGAAGACAAAUCUCUUUGGCCUCCUUUCCCCUUCUCAUGAUACUGGCCAGUUAUUAUAGGCAGCCUCUGUCUUCUUGCAGAGGUCAGAUAGGAGUCCAUCUUAUUCUUCAUCUAAUCACACCUUCUAACAAGAAAUAACACAAAUACUUAAAUUCUAAGGAGAAGUGCUCUUUGUGUAUUUCUGUCUAACAGAAACCAUAUGCUAACACAUAAGAAGGAGAAUCUAUGAAAAGGGAAGUGGAAGAUGGAACCAGCUAUCUGAAUAUUCAUGCCAGAAGAGUUGCUGUUAGCAACUGUUUGGUGGCUUCAGGGCUUUGAAAUGGCCUCUGGACUGCAUUCCAUGUGCAGGACUCAGCUAAGCCUCCUCUGUGAUUUGGAAGACAGUUUCAUGCUGCCUUUUGAGGUAUAGAUAUUUAAGCACUAGGGAAGUAGACAUGAUGAGAAUUUUGCCUUGCCUCCUGUGGUUUGUCUCUCUGGGACCUAGCAGAUACCAAUGCUUGUUUGACCACUUGGAAGCAGUCACCAAGUUUAGGAUCAUGAAAGGAUUUGAUUCUUUUUCCAUUUUCUCUAAUAGUAGCCCAGUCAACGCAAGACUCAUAAAACGUGACUCACUGUUGGGAGCUAUACUAUUUUAUAGGCUUACUUCCUGCUGACAAAACUAGCUUUCCUCAAGGGGAAUAAAAAGGAGGGAGGAAAAGUCACACAGUGUUAGGAAAACAUUUCUAUUAUUUUGAUAUGAUGAAUCCAUAGGAUAAAAAAAAAUGUCUAUCCUGAGAGUUUUCUGAGACAUCCCUUCACUCUACUGGGCAUUUGGCCUUUGAUGUUCAGUAGGUCACUGACCAAGCUUUUCUAAAUCUCAUAAAGAGAGUUACUCACCAGUAAGGUCUCUCCUCAAGUCUUCCUGGUGAUUUCCUAUUUCCCCAUAAAGCAUUUUGGUUCUAUUUAUGGACCCUGACUUAACACUCUGUGGCCUAUGAGUCCUCCAUUUUCCUUAGCAAAUAAGGACUUUAGCAGUUUCCCCCGUACUAAACAUUCUUUCCUGUACAGGAUUGCUUUGCCAUCUCCUGCUUUAAUUCCAAGUGCAUAAACAAAACCUCAGAGGGCCUGAGAAGGUGAGGCAGGCCAAAGUCUGUUGUGUGUCGAACGUCGAACUGUUUGUUAAGAAGGUCUGCAACAGGCCUUUGGGGUAGGCUCUGCCAGAGACUGUGAACACUUUGCUUGAGAUCCGUGCCCUGUAAAAUGGAUUUGAUGUUUUACUGAUGUCUGUAAUACAUUUGUAAACUUCCAAUAAAAUUUGAAUAAAAGAAAUGUGCCACUC